AUAGUAUAAGAUGUAUGGUUGUAAUAGAAUUAAGACGCAUGAAAAUGAAAACAAAAACAAAAACAAAAGGUCGAGAGUAUAAAACACACAAUUUAAGUUUAUUUCAUAAACAUUUUCAAUGUCCAUAAAAUAAAAGGGGGAUAAUGUAACGGGUGUAAUAGAAAGAAAGAAGAGAGAGAAAGAAUAAGAAGAAUGGUGGGGAAGGAAGGUGGAUUUUGGACAUUGGACAAUAAGCUAAUGGUGAGAAAGACAUAAGGUGUUAAGACGUAAGGGGGUCGAGCUCGCUCAGAAAUCGAUCACUCAAAUUUUAAUAUACCGACGUAAACAACAGUUAUAAAUCCUAUUACAUAGAUUAAACAAGAAGUACAAUCGUAAUUCACUACGAUAUUAUACAACAACUGCCCAUGUACGUUCGAGAUUUAUUAGCAACUGUAGAAUUAGAAAAUAUGGAUAAAAUACUUCAAGUAUUAAUUAACUUAGAUAUAAAUAAGCAAAAUAGGGAUAAAAUUGAAAAGCAAAAUAAUAAUUCGUAUCUCCCCGUUCGAAAUUCAAGUACCUAUUAUAGAAGUAAUAAUAUAAGACAAUACAAUAAUAGCUCAUAUCCGAAUCAACAACAAAGACAUUCAAAUAGGGUAGGUCAAAUCAGUAACGAUGUAUGCAUUGACACAAGCAUACCACCACCUCCAAUACCUUUUCGAAACUAUAAUAACGAAAUGCCAUCAUCAUCGGCUAGUUCUUUAAACUAGGAAGCAACGCGAUAAAAAUAUCUGAUAAGAAAGUUUAACAAAUGGGUCCGGAGAUUCGACCUCUAAAUUAUUUUCUUGCUCCGGAGUCGAAGCUCUUAUUGUCUUUUUAUUAGAGAGUUCGUGAGUAUUGUAGAGCUGACGCGAAUAUAUUGGAGUCCUCGAUAAGAAUGUUAUGUUAGGAAAGAAAUUUCUCCUUAACUAAGUUUUUAGGUUCUUUGAAGUCUAUUCUAAGUUUGGUCUCUGUUACAUUAUGCACUAUGUCUGCAUGAGAUGGGUGAAUAAUAAGUUGUUAACAGAUGGUAUAAUAAUUAGCUCCGUUGGUUGAGUAUAAUAGCGUUUUUCCAUGGGUGAACUAGUGCGCACUCGUUACUCAACGGUUAUGCACGCAACGAGUGGAGCGUGUUUCUGUGGCCAAACGGGAGCGCGCCGUGUGGAUGCCGUGUGCACGGCAUAAUCAACAUUCCUAUCAUUGUUGUGAGUAACUAUACCGUUGACUCAACGGACGUUACGGAUCAGCUUUCGAUAGCGUUGGUCAGCAAGUCUGAAUUUGUUGGUUUAGUCGUACUUUGAGGCGAUCAGAGAAUGAGCGUCGAACAAAAACCAUAAGAACACCACAUGAAAAGUUACGGUAUAUACAUCAAUUAUCAAAUAUCAAUUUGCAAAUGCAUACACUUUUCAACAACAGACAUUAGCAAAUUGUAAUGGCACAAAGUCUUUGCAGAAUGGAAGCCUUCUUGCUAGAUUUGAAUCGUAAGAUUCUGGCUAGAACAAAUAAUCAAGAGCUGCUCAUUGAAUUUAGCCAAAUGCAGAAUGAUGAAGAACGAGUAAUAUUUGCUUUGCAAAGAAUGAUAAAGUAUAAAAUGAACCUUAAUUAUGAAUCAUUGCAUAAGAAUUCUGAAAAGUCGAUACAACUAAAAGCACAGGGAAAUAAAUUAUUUAUCGGUGGGUGGGAUUAUAAAGCAGUUGUGAAAUACACUGAAAGCAUAGCGUAUGCAACAAAGUCAUCCGAAGAACUGGCUUUGACUUAUGCAAAUAGAUCUGCAGCACUCUUUAGAAUUGAGAAAUACCAAGACUGCAUAAAUGACAUUGAUAGAGCUUUGAGCUUGGUAUACCCAGAUAAAUUAAAAAUAAAAUUAUAUGAACGUAAAGGACUCUGUCUCACAGCAUUGGGUAAGCCUGAUGCAGAAGCAUCAUUUAAGAAAGCUCUGGAGUGGCUUGACAAAAUGUCUUUGGAUGAAGACAAAACAAAGAAAUUGAAAAUUCAGCUGAACAAAUUUAUUUCGGCCCCGUGCGUAAAUGUUGAAAUACAGGCAGAGUCAGCAAAAUAUGAAUUACCUGAGUUUGAAACUCCGAAUUCAGAAGUCCCAUGCGCUUCAGAUGCAGUUGUAAUAAAAUAUACGCCUGAAUUGGGCAGGCAUGUUGUUGCCACUCGCAAGAUCAGACCAGGAGAAAUUUUAGCAGCAGAAAAACCAUUUGCUAUGUUUCUCAUGCCUGAAAACGUUUACACACACUGUUCCAAGUGUUUGCAAGUUUCUAUGGCCAUGACUCCAUGCAAUUAUUGCGUUAAUGCUAUGUAUUGUUCACAAGCUUGUAAAGAACAGGCCUGGGAGGAGUAUCAUGAAAUUGAGUGCGCCAUUAUUGGGCCUUUACUAAUGUCAGGGUUCAACAUGUUGGGGCUAUUUAGUAUGAGGCUAGCCAUCCUGGCGACUCAGAAAGGAAAAUAUUUGGACAAACUGAAAAAACAACUUGAAGAAAUUGAUAACCAUAAAGAUCCACGCACGAAGGGAUUUUCUGCUGAUGGAAAGUUGCACAGUGAUCAAUAUGGCAGUAUUUAUAGUCUGGUGACUAAUACUCAAAAACGUUCAGCCCAGGAUCUCUUGGAUAGAGCAUUCAAAGCAGCUUAUAUCACAUACAUAUUGAGUCGUGAAAGUAAUAUAUUUGGCGAAAAAUUGAUGCUUGAUUGUGAUGUAUUAGCAAAAAAUGCAGCAGCUACAUUUGUGGGUGGGCUGAUACUAAAGCAUCAGCAAAUAAUUCCCAGCAACGUUCGUGUGUUUUCGGAGCUUCGUGGUGUAGAAGAUUAUGAGAAUGGAGCUGCAGCAAUGCCAUUUUAUAGUCUUUUUAAUCAUAGCUGUGACUCAAGUGUGACGAGGAGCGUGCAGAAAGAUCAUAUAAUUCUCUAUGCUAUGUACCCGAUUGAGAAAGGUGAACAGAUAUAUGACAAUUAUGGAGUUCACUAUGCUCUGUCCGAGAGGAGUAAACGGCAGAAAAAACUACUCGAACAAUUCUACUUCAAGUGCAAUUGCGAACCCUGCACCAACGAUUGGCCUGUUUAUAACAAAAUUCGUAGUUAUCAGGCACAACUGCUCACACAACACGUGAAAAAUAGGCUAAAACAAAUCCUUCGAAACCAUACCAGAUAUAUCGAUCUUGCCUAUGAAAGGAAAACAGAUCAGGACCCUAAUAUGUUGAAUAAUCUAUUGAGGAUGAUUGAGGAAGUUUAUGAGCUUGUGAAGAGACCUUGUGUCGAAUUGAAUAACGUUGUGGAGACAGUUAAGCAUUACUACGCUUUACAAGGGAAAAGAUUUGAUGUACCACUCAAACCGUACGAGAAGUGAUACUGAUAGUAUCAUUGGUAGUGGAUUUUUCUCUCGAUAUUCAGACUACGAUGCUAACUUUUCCGCUAAUCUUUGUGAAAAGAUUCAAAACAUGACAAAACAAAACAAACCGUACAAAUACUAUUAUAUGUUUUCAAGUAGCUAACUAUUAUCGAGAAUCUAAGUUCAUUUUAUCACUAAAAAAUUAUUUUAAGAACUUUAAACACCUUACUGUAAAAUACAAUGAUCAUCGACAAUAGGUUUUAGUAAUCACCUGAUAUACUGAAACUCAAUAAGAUUAAUGUCACACGUCGUAUCAAGAACAACAUUAAGAUGUUAAAGAAGUAAGAUUGUUUUAUACAAAUCUUCUUCUAAGUUCAAUUUUUAUACUCUCAACUAUGUUCCUUCCAUUGAAGCAUAUCCACCAAAAGAGAUACGCUUUAUACUGUUGUUAAAAGUAUUACUUGUUUUUAAAUUUUGUCUUAAUAAAAUCUAACUACAAAUAUA